AUGUGGUGUUGGCGUCCAAAACACAUUCAUCCAAGAACCCGGAUUCGAGAGGAGAACUAUCAUUGCUGUUGCAAGAUGGGAAAAGCUAAGAUCGGAUUUGCUGUAUUUCUCGUUCUCGACGCGGUCUUUCUGAUCUUUUUGGGUGCCUCGAUCUUCCUUGGAACUCAAGAUACCCGUUUGCCAUUGGGAAUUAGCUUCGGCGUCUCACUCCCAAUCAUGCUCCUCGGCAUCAUCUCACUUAUCACACUCAAGCCACUCUUCAUGCAAGCCUACGGAAUCAUUUACACCAUUUCCCUAAAUCUUAUCAUUUCACCAUUGGGAAUCUAUUUCUCGGCGACGAAUAAUCGAUUGUCGCUUCCAAUUCGAUUGCUGGCCACCGCCGAGAAUAUUAUUCGAUUCGCCUAUUCUGUCUGCUAUAUGCCCUACAUUUAUUGCCGGUUGGCGCCAACUUAUUUAUUGAAGAAAUAUCAGUGUGGAUGGCCGUUUUAUUGGUUCUCUAUGGGUCUCUUCGACAAGAUCAUCCUUUAUUAUCCCCUCUACGAUAUGGCUCAGCAUUGUCAAUUGAUGAUCUCAAUAAAUCGCUUCUUUGCCGUUCAUUUUGACGGGUUUCUCUUUCGAUACACCCUCAAAUGGCCACUUGUACAAGUGGCAUUGCCAUUUGUGAUUCGAAUUGCGGUGGCUCAAGUAAAGAUCUCCUUCUUUCCACCAAAUCUCAUGGAGGGUGGCAUCUAUUUCGAUGAUUAUAUCGUGAAUUUCUUCAAUUUUCUCAUGUGCUCUUUGGAUUUUAUGACCUGGCGAAGGAUGAAAGCUUUGAGAAGAGAUGGAAAGAUUACACGAUCCGAAUUGUUAUUGCUUUUUCAAAUGUUGACAUUCUCGUUUCUCAUAAUCGCCAACACAAUCAUUCUCAAUUUCACGCAAAACAUUUGCUCAUACUUUUUUGGCGCCAACGUCUCUGAAUUACUCUAUUCGACGCCAUACUCCUUUCAGGCGAUCUUUUUCGUUGGGAUCAACAGCAUCACAAGUGUAUUCUUCUUGCGGAAACCAAAAGAAAAGCCGAUCACUUCUUCGAUUAUUUCUGUGAACACAAGGACAACAAAUAUGAGAUCACAU